AUAGACCCCUGCCACUCCUGAUCAAGGACCUGCCAACGCCGCUGUCACGCUGUCCUCUGUCUGUCUUUUCCCUUCCACCAUACACCUCGAUUUUAUUCAAUAUGCCUCGUCAAUUCUUCGUCGGCGGAAAUUUCAAGAUGAACCCCAGUUCGCGGGACCAAACGAAGUCUAUCAUCAAUAUCCUGAACUCUGCUGAUCUAGACAGCACAACUGAGAUCGUCAUUGCGCCUCCGUCACUUUAUCUUAUGGACGUCAAAGAAACGGUGCGAUCGGAAAUACAGGUCUCUGCUCAAAACUGCCACCACAAAGAUUCAGGAGCAUUCACUGGCGAAAUCAGUCCUGUGCAACUCGUCGACGCCAAUAUCCCCUGGGUGAUUCUAGGCCACUCUGAACGCCGAACCCACUUCGGCGAAACAUCUGAGUUCAUUGCCCAGAAGACUAAGGCUGCUUUAAAAGCAACGUUGAAAGUCAUACUUUGUGUCGGCGAAACCCUUGAGGAGCGUGAAGCAGGGAAAACUGCAGCAGUGGUUCAGAAGCAGUUGCAGGCCGUCGUCGAUGUGCUGCAGGAGAGUGACUGGAGCGGCAUUGUGAUCGCAUACGAACCUGUAUGGGCGAUUGGUACAGGGAGAGUUGCCACAUCCUUCCAAGCUGAGGAGGCUCAGCUGGACAUCCGCACGUACAUCUCUCAGAGUGUGUCUCCGUCUGUAGCAGAGAAUACCAGGAUCAUCUAUGGCGGUAGUGUUACCGCUGCAAACAGCAAAGAACUAUCUACUCAACCCGACGUGGAUGGUUUCCUUGUCGGAGGAGCUUCAUUGAAGCCAGAGUUCGUCAAUAUCAUCAACUCGAGAUUGACUUAGAGGGUGUGAUGUCUUGGCAGUGUACGAUACCGUUUGAUAUCCAAAUGAACUCGCCGAAUAUGUACUUGCUUCUACACGAUCGUAUGAUCAUGAGGUGUUUUAACCGAUCGCACGCGAGGCUCUUGGUGUCUGUCAUAGUGCGGGUAAUUCCGAGAGCUCAUUCAGUCUCCGCUCAAAC